UUUUGAGAUGAUGAAGCACAAUCUGUGCAAAAUCUUCGAGCACCACCAUUCCGCUCGUGAACUCAACUCUCUAUCUCCAAAAAUUCCAGAUAAGAGGUACUAGAGCAUGGUCUAGGCAUGUUGCCUGCUAUUAUGAAUAUCUGUGGCGGGGGGGCCGCAGUAGUGUCCGUGGCAUGUUGCUGCUAAGUAUAACUGACAGUGCUCUUGCAUCGUCUGAAAUUCUGGUGAUUGUUGAGAAGCACUGGAACUGGGAAGCAAGUUUGUGUUUCUGUUGAGGGGCAACAACUAUACCAGACGGAGCACCACCAUUGAGCCGGCCAGCCGCGGGGGCGGCGGCGGUCGUCCGGCUUCCUGUCCGACGCCGGAGACGAACAGGCCGAGUUCCACAGUUCCGACUCAAGUUCUACCAGUGCAGCUUACUCCGGAUCGGCAAACAUGCAGUUUGCUGCAUUCCAUGAAAGGACGACCAAAUAAGGAAACGGACAAAAACCUGCUUACGAUGAACUCGGAGGCUGCUGCAGCAGCAGGAGCUACUGCUUCUGCUGGUAAAACCACGAACACCAACGCAUCAUCGACCUCCAGUUGCCCCGCGUCCUUUCUUGCCGGAGACAAGACCGCGGCUGCUGUGGACGAGGGCGGGCGAGGAGGUCAACGGAAAGCGCAAUUCGUGCGGGAGGAGCAGGAGGAGGAGGACCAUGUUUUGUACCAGGGAAUAAAGUCGGAGACGUCAACGAAAGCGGAAUCCAGCGAAGGAAAUAGACUGCGGAACGUCUGGCACUGGCCGUUAGGAAAUGGGUUUUCCCUUGCAGGUGGAAGUCGGUGGAUACUGUUAUCGCAUUGAAAAGUAGCUGCGGGGUCUCACCCCCAGCUACCGGAACUGUCUGUGACAUUCUUGCAAGCGUUUCGAUAUGACAAAAAUAGACAUGAUAUAAUGUCCCGCUGUAGAUUUUCUCGUUCUCUUAACUAAUAAACAUGGCGGCUCCAGCACUUUGCAGAUCAGCGGUAUUUUUUAUGAACGCGCAGCAACAAAAACACAACUACCUUGCUCUCCUUACGUAACUUCGACUGGUACGUCAUUGUUUUUUUUUGUGCCCUCCCACACAGCCCGGUAGUAGCUUGACUUGCCGCUGACUCAGAGAAUUGAAAUUGAUUGAUCAUGAUCUUCUGCAUCAAAAUCCAUUUCUAGUUAUGUGGCGCUCGGCAUCAAGAUCAGCACUGCUUUCAACUCGAUAAAACUCGAUAUUUUCCUCGUUGUGCCGCUCUCAGCAGCGCAGCCUAAAAGGAGCUGGUGGAACCCGGGGAACAAGUGUGACUGCGAGCGGACGACGGAUGGGUGCAGAAUCAAAAACACCAGUUGCAGAGAUGGAGUGUAUGGACACGAGGUAAUUAGCCGGAGAAUCGUCAAAGAGAUAAACAAUGACUUCUGGGUCUUGCACGAAAACAUCAGGAACUGGAGAGUAGCAUUUCUGAAUUGGUAAAUCUAGCACGGCCAAAUCGAGAUAGAGUUUGCAAGCUAAAUUCCUGAUAACAUGGUACGUAGAUUCAUCAAGCGAAGAAGUCACGACAUCUACAUGAUCUCUAUCGUCUGCCGUGCUUCUCAUAGAUAGGACGAGCUUAAAAGCUUUUUUUCUUUUGUAGCCUAUGCAGCGUCAGGCGGAGGAUCAGUUCCAAAGUUGACACAUUACCUUCUUUUUGAAGUUCUGUCAUGUAAGAAGCAGUGCCAGUGACUUCGACAGUCUCGUCUUUCACGAUUCUCAAUUAUUUGCUGGGGUUUGCAUAAUUUUUUUUCCAAGUUGCAAAUCCGUACGAAGACGAUCUGGAGAAGCAGGGGAACGCAAACCACAAGAGCGACGACGUGGCUCGCGAAUGAAAAGCAUGGACACGGCGAAAAAUAAAUACGAAAAUGGUAUGAAAAACAUGAAGAAACGCGAACUACCGGCGUGGAGAAAGCGAGACUUGGCCCUGUUGCGAUUGUAUGGCCUCCUCAGCUGGAAAAUUCUCAGACGGUGUUACAUCUUUGUUCUGCUAUUUGUCAUGCCCACAAACAGGUUCAAUCACAAAGCAAGGUCCGAUGAUACCACCAUGAAGAUCAAGAUGCAUCAAUGCAUGUUGGCGAGAAUAAUCCUUGUUCGACUGCUAUCGGAACGAUCAGCGCCAAAUUCAUUUUCAUGUCUUUAAUCGUUCUACUUCCUUCCCUUGAUGCUAAUAUUACAACUUGAAGUACUGCGAGAAGCGCUACACUUCCUCUCUUGCAUCGUGAUUUCUCCUUCUUGUUCAGCAGCAAACCCGCACGUCGAGCAGAGGAUGUAACAGCUCAAUCUGUAAUUAUCUGUUGAGGAGACUUCCAUAGCAGGUUGUCGACGUUCCGGAGUCGGUUUUUGAAGCCCUUCUUAUCAAUCAUAGCACCAUUGCUCUCCUUGCUACUGGUUGCGGAUCUCGCGACCGGCUACCGCUCCGUGAGCGAGCCUAUCGAAUACAAACAUAACGUCUGGGUUUGGAUCAGAUGCAAAUAGGAGUGUCUCCGUCGGAGCGGUUCUUCUUCUUUGUUUUGUCAUGCAAUUUACGUCGAAUAGACCGACGAUGUCGAUGUCUUUCAAGAGAAAUUUUUGGCUGGACGUGGCAAACACGUGCUUAAAUUCUCUACAUGUCCGACGCAUGUGAAGUAGUGGCUGCAGUACCGCUACUGCAAACGUGUAAUAUGCUGAUCUUCUCUUGCACCCUCUGACUCUGAGUGCGACAUCUCAUUGCAGUUUGCUGGGGCUGCUGGCAUUGACAACUGACAAAUGGAGUGACGAAAAGGUUGUUUUUUGCGAUGUGUCUUUUGUGGUGUCUCUCCUCUUCCUGUCCACUCACCAGAAGAGAGUCAGUGUCGAGAACAAAUAUCGAUCGUCGAUAAAGACCAAGAAAUUCAACAAUCAAUUUUUUUCUUUCCACCACAGAAGACCCAGACAUGUUUGUAUUCGAACCAGCUCGUCCGCGGGCGUAGCGGGGACCGGACGGGAAACAAGCGAGCAGAGAUGGACGCGGACGGCAUCGUCAACGCGGACCAGGAAUGGGAGGAAUCCUUUGCGUUUUUGGAAAAUCAAAACCCGCAAAAGUACCAGUUCCACCGCGGACCCGUGCGUAUCAACACUGGUGCUGGAGGGUCCGCCACGCCGGCGCCACCAGGAGCGGUGGAAAGAAGUGGAGCUGCUGGUGGCGCGAGCAGGUCGACCACCACUUCAGAGACCAGCUCAUCUGUGGCGACGUCGUCCUCCACCUCCUCUGUGGCGCAGGUUUCGCAAUCGCGCCUCGUUUCAUCUGGUAGUGCGACCUCGUCGGCUGGAAAAGACGACAAGAUCAUGACGACCGGUGGCGGUACGAGGACGUGGACGGCUACUGACGGUAAUAAAAUGAAGGACCAGGAGACGACUGUGGGGUCCCCUGCAACCAGGAAUAAUGUGAAACCAACGUACUAUCUGGCAGAUGGCUCCUUGAGCGAAGACGCUUUGUUGAUGGGCAGCACGGCGCCUGAAGGUUCCUCUACGACAUCUAGUGCGGCGGGACAAGAGUAUGGCGCAAACACGCUUCGAGCAGGUGGAACUACAUCUGACUGGCACGAACGAGAGCGGAAGCGGAACAAGGGACAGGAGAAGGAGCAGGGGCAGACGCAGGGUUCGCAGAACCAGAAAGAUGAAUUCCCAGAUGUGGAUAAGGCUACUGCCUCGUCUACCGGUAGAGGUAGUGUCACAGAGCUUCAAGCUGCCUACCGGAACGAUGAGACAAACGGAGCAGAUGUCGUUAAGAAACACUUCAAAGAGGUGACGCACCCCGAUGACGCUUGUGAUGCUGACAAGUUUGCUCAAAAAUACGACGAUCUCAUGGGAAAAUGGAAGAAAAAGCCUGGCACCCUAAACCCUGAGGACGCGGGGACAAAAUCGGCACUAGCGGACAACUUCGAUGAAAUGCAGCUUCUAAUCGCAAAAAAGGCAUGUAGGGUAGCAGGCUGCAAAGUAUGUGGCUCGGCGAAUGCGAAGGUGCAGUGGGAGUGUAUUAGCCCUGGCCCGGAGGAUUAUUGCGCGCCGGUCCUACCCAAGAAACAUCAGCAGCUGUUCAAACAAAAACUGAUGCAGCCGUUGAUAGCCCCACCCAGUUCGAAAUCGAAGCACAACGGCGGAAUUUCCAAUGAGGAGCUGAGCACUAGAAGGACUUGCUUAAAUUUUGCUCGUGAAAGUGGAAGAGGCGAAGAGGAAACAACAUACUCAGGGGGGCGCGGUACGGUCUUCGAGCAUGUGCAGUUUAUGUGUCCCGACCAGGAGAUUCCGCGGCCGCCCUGGGAAAACAUACCGGAGGACAAGGAAACCGAGGGAAGCAAAAAAAAUGUUGUCUAUGGCAACGGAAAACACUUUUUCCGAAAAACAAAGAAAAGGAUUUUUUUGCUCCGCAUGACACAUGUGACUGUGAGAGCAGCGCGAUUCUGCUUCGCCGGUCGCGGACGGCGACGGGCACAGACACGGGUGUGCCCGUCCGCUACCCCGGAAACUUUAAUCUUGUCAGAGUGCCCUGUAUUUAGAUAGUAUGGGCGCGGCUUCUUUGUCACUUAAGUAACCGCUUAGGGCGAAACACGCAGAAGAAAGACGGCCCAGGGGCCACGAGGCUGGCCCGCGGCGGCCGGAGUAAAAGUCAGGCAGUUUACUUAGGUCCAGAGCGCUGGUUGUGUUGUCGUUCAUCGUUUUCAGUGAUGCCGAAGCCGAACUUGCACAAGAUACGCGCGCACCUCCGCAACGAAGAGAAAAGCGCGGCUUGGCCGCCUUCUUGUUGCAUGAUGCGCGCCAGCGGUUGCGGCCUCGGUGUGGGGCGUUGUCGCCAAAAGCUAGGGGAACCCGGCGGCCUCUGCUACGUAGCGGCGCUGCUCGGGUGAUCGCGUUGCGUCUUCAGCUGCUUCGCCAGUGGGGCGAAUUCUUGUUCGCUCUGGCUGCAAGCCGAAAGGAGCUUUUCUUUUGCCCCGGCAGGGCCGUUCUCGUUCCCAACACCUUCCCUUCUGGGGCGAUCACGAUCUCGCCUCCGCAAGCUACCCUUCAUUAUAUAUAAGACCUAUACGAAGGGGCGUCCCCCAAACCCUUCCUCGGGGGAGUAUGCCUAUGCGAUCCCUCCUUCGGGCUCCUCGGGUUGCGAGCUUUCGACCUGCUCACACUGUAGACACGGCAUUCUGGGGGGCGGUGCCAUGCAUGGCCGCGGUAGUUUAAGCAUAAGACCCCACUUCGGGCAGCGGCAGUUCGCAAAAAUCUGCAGGAACACAAACCACGACCCGAAGAGAGCUGCUUUUGCUCAUCGCGCCGAGAGGCACUGCCGGCAGGCUCCUCCACGGUGGCGAAAGCUAGACCUUCCGACUAGCCAGCACAAUGGUGAGCCACAGCGAGCGGGCCUCUACAUCAGACAGGCAGGCUCGUGCCUGCGUGACGCAUGCAGAUCAGCAGGUCUGCAAAAACCGGAAAAAAGGGCUUUUCGCAAAAGUGGUUGCCGCCGCGAUAGCGUCACUUCAUCGCUCUUUGCGUUAUCUAUGAUCUGCAUUCCGAAACUGCAGAGUGAGGCUGAACCUUACAUACGGAGGAUCCGGGCUGCGAUUGAGAUGCCGACAUUCGAGCGGUCGACUGGUGCUGGAAAUGCAGGGGAGGCCACAGACGCUGUCCAACCAGAUCCUUAUAAACAGGAACAUUUUCUUGACCCGGGCUGUCAAACUGCGCGCCACCGAGCUGAGCUCGCCUAUCCAAACGAGAAGCAGAAGACCGAGCGGUUGUAUGCGACGUGCAUGCUUGCGCUUGAUGGUUCCACGGCGAAUUACCCGAGCAGUGCUGCCGUGCCUUCUCUUGGUGAACAAAAGCACGAGCGGUACGGCUACGGUUUUUUCCUAUCCACUCUUAUCGACAACGGCGGGUUGCAACUCGCUUUUGUGAACCUGUUUCGCGAGUUCAUUGCCCAGAAGGAUGGAUACAACUGGCGCGCGAAUGACGCGAAGUUUGACUUCAUCAUGAAUGCAGACGCGAAACUGAGUAUGUUGCGUCACCCAAAGACACCCGACUGCCGUGGAAAAACGGGGUCAACUAGUACGGAGUUGCUUGCACUUGCAGAAUGUGUAAUGACGCCGGCGUUCAAGACUCACGUCGCGAAUUCCCUUCGUCAAUUCACCGACGCGCUUCUGCUCACGAAAGGGGCGACACCCGUUAAUGCCGACCUAUCUGACUUGGUUACAUCACGGGGCACCACGUACUAUGUCGAUCUUGCUCGCCACGGCAUUCGCGUCAAGAUUCCGUUUGCGGAAGCCGAGAGCUUUAUCAGUCCUUAUUGGAAAGCAGAGACGGCCGAGAAAUUAUCGAAAUUGGCAACAUCAAGCGAAUCAGCGGCCAGCACUGGGAUUUCUAAAUCCUUAUCCUUGUACUACAUCGGUGGGGGGAAUGUCUUCGACCUUAUGGCGGAGGUGCGUGAAGAAGCGCUGCAGAAGUACUUUGCAGAUAUUCUCGAACAAUGGCGGGCGAAGAACAUAUUACUCGCGGGACAAUCCGCUGGCAGUAUGGUUCAGAACCAAGACAACUCAUUUUUGAUGUUCGGUCUAUCGGGCGACCCUGCUCCGCAUCACAUCUACAAAGAGUCGCCCUACGCGUUUUCAAAGGACGGAAAUUUCGCGGGGAACUGUAUCGGCGACCCCGAGGAGGAGAAAGAGGACAAAAAAUCGGAUUUGGAUUGGCCGCAGCUGAUAACGCCAACAAGCACAGGCGAGUGCGAUCCUGUCCGGGACGCAGACGAGAAGAAGGGUGAGUGGGUAAAAGAUCGCCCUCUUGUCCCUCCGCGAAGUGAAGGGCAGCAUUUCGAGUCCUGGUGGAACCCGAGCCGCAACACCGCCGCAAACAUCGACUUCUUUAAGGUGUCGGAAUUACAGCGCGAGUCACUAGGUGCGAAGGCGCCGGCGGCAGGAGAUGCUGGUCCCGAGCCUGCUGGCCUCAUCAGGCUCGGCGAGCAGGGUGGCGUGGAUUUGCCGAAAUGUGGUACCCGCGGCACAAGUUUUAACUCCGAAUGGGCUCUCAAGGGCUGUGCAUCGUAUUCCUAUUCGUGCCACGACCUGCGCGAGAAAGGGGUCGGCGGUGUUUCGGAUAAGUUCUAUCGGGCUUGUGAGCAGGACACGGGGUUGCUCGAUCCGGAAGCGAAGGGCUACUUGGGCCAACCCAAAACUUCGUCCUGGGUGUACAUGCACGUUGAUGGGGACACGGGCAGCGAGGACUCGCAAGAAGAGGCCGUGGCUCUAACAAUCAAAAAAAAUAUCGCGGCACUCAUGCCCAUGGUAGAUCGAGCUGUAUUUGUGUACAGGGUGAUUCUCGCUGAGGCAGCUGGCCACGUGGAGAAUGGAUCACCAACUUCAGUGCAGCCGAUGGGGGUUGGCAUCGAGUUGGUACCACGCGCAUUCUUGACGGAGGUGCCCUCUGACUCUCCCAAACCCGAGCCGGUUAAGCAUAUAAGAGUCGAAGGCGACGAGGCGCAGUGGUUGAAGACGAAACUGUCGGGGCAGGAGCGGCCGAGCACCGUGUAUGUUGCAUUCUUCUGCGCGCAUGAUUCGGCGUCUCCGAAGUAUAACGAGUGCGCAAAGGCGAAGCGAUCUCGAAGAGGCGACCGGCCAGGGGAGCUGCGCGUACGGGGAUCAAAGCUCCUGCGGGACCCGGAUGCACGCAAUGGAGAUGAAGACGCGCACCCUGAUCUGGUUCCGUUUUCGCGAAACAUCAUUGAGGCGGCUGCGAAUCGUGUAGACCAGCAGGAGGAAACGAAAAUUAAGGUGGAAGUCGCGGGUAUUUAUACUGAAAAUAAAUGUUCCAGCCCUUUGGCCUUUCUUUGUUGUGAGUUGUAUAAAUAUGUAUGUUGAAGUGGCGAGGCCACGCCCCCGUCAGGCGUUCAUCAAGUUCUAUCUGGGCGUCCUCUCUGCCAGCUGCCGCAAAAAAAAAAAAAUGGCCGUCGACUUCUGCUCGGGUCGGCCGGAAGCAGGUGCAGGCUCCUCCGCCUUCACAGCCAAUAUUUUACCAACCCGACGCGAGUUUGCCGUGUUGGCAUCCAGUGAGCGCACCGCCCUGUGGUAUUUGGCACGCGCGACCGUGGGUGCGCCCGGUCGGUCUGUUCGUGGUCCCAUCGCCGCCUUAUAUGUAGUGAGGUCACGAACGUUCUAUCCUAGCGGUUUUUUUGGCACCUCACCUGCAAAACGGCCGGCAGUUUUCAAGCGGCCGGAAGUGUUUUUCGACAAGAAAGAUUUUCAAUUAUUAAGCGGCCGGGGCUUUGCCGUGAAACAAGCCCGGUCGAAAACUAUCGAUUCCCGCUUGAUAAAACGACGCAGGGGAGCCGGCAAAAGGGGCGCCCUUCUGAGGCGCCCACCGCCUUGAUUUCUGGCGGUUUGGGGCGCCCAAAAACGGACGCCCAAAAAGUAGCACUCCGAAAAAACAGCGAAUCCGCAUGGUAUGGGCUUCAUUUUGACCCACAUUCGGGCCCCGCAAAAGACGCCACCAAAAUCCGCCAUCUCAGAGGCGGACUUGAGGCCAGAAGAUGCGGCAUUUUCACAAAGAAAAACAAUAAAAACCAAAGUCCGCCAAAAGCAGAAAACCAACCCGCAUGCUAUGGGCCCGAUUUGGGGCUCCCAAGGGGCCGAUCCUGGCGGGGGCCCUGGCGGGUCAAUAGCAUGCGGGGAAGGUUUUUCGAUUCGAAACCAAACGAGGGCCAGUUCUGGAUCGAGAUUUUUAACGACCGCCGUGCCGUCCUGCAUAACAUUACUCGCGAUGGCAUGGUGGGCAGAGAGUUCGCGUCUUUUUCUGGCGUGAAGACAAAAAAACCGCCAUGACCUCACUACCCCCGCUGGGGCGGCUACUAUUGGUUGAGGUGCCCAGCCAGCACGCUGGGGUCUAAUGUAUCUGGUGUCUGUGGGCGCCCAAAGGCGGUUGGCGCCGGGAGAAAGGCGGCGGCGCGGGAAAAAACAGUCCGGCCACACAGGGUGUGGCUGGCACUUUUGCGCAUGUCCCUGGGCUUAAAUAACAAACAGCUGCCACCACCGCCAGGGCCGGCUGGUCGCUUUCAUUUAAUUUGGGGAUCAGGUCAAGGGGAGGGAGUGGCAUUCGCUUUUUUGGCAAAAACGAUGAAGAUCUAGCGGCCGCUCGCGCUCGUUUUUUACUAGGUAGUUUCAGGCAGACAGCCAAGCCACCGUGAGUGCAUUUUUUAUUUUUGCCGCGCCCCCGGGGAGACGGCAAGGAACCCAACGGACGAAGCCGAGUGGCGCCUGGCCCAGCCAUCCAAGCAUGGAUGUGCGCCAACGAUUCGAAGUGAAGCGCCCGAGAAUCUUGCGCGAGAACCCCUCUGUCGAGUGGAAGUAGCCUCCCUCGUUGGCUUUUCUUUGUGUGUCACUCAGAAAACCCAGCAAAAUUGGAAAAAAGGCGCGGGCCGGCUUCGGGCGGGCCCUUGGGUCUUGUCGCCAGCCCCUUCGCCGGGUUCGCGGUUUUCUCGUGCCCUGCGUGUUUUGCAGUGCUCCGCGGCGGGUGUCUUGCUUGGUGGUUAGGCAGCUGCGCAAAAUAUGCCUUGGCGGGCCUUGGUUUCCGUUGGUUUUGCCGCUGCCCUCCCAAUUUAAUUAUGGUGGGGUGGAGAGGCAGGGGUCCGAGCGGCCUUGGCCAUGUGCUCUAUCUGGGCGCCCGGUCGUCCUUCGGAUGGGUUGGCCGAAGGGCGGUGCGGUUCUUUUUCUUUGUUACCCCGAGCGGACGUUUCGCAAGGCCCGAGUGACGCCUUCGGGGGAUGGGUCGCUCGGUCGCCCGGCCGCGUCGGAUGGGCGCAGAUCGCCUCGUCUCAUGCACGCGGCAGAUACGAACGAAUGUCAGUGAGGCGCUUUGCGAUUUUUCCUGUCCUCGGGCGGGGCCAUUGAAAAAGGCCGGGGGGCGAAUCUCCUACUCGCGUCGGGGGCGCGACCAAAAGGCCCCGAAGCUAGCUAGCCGGCUCGGAGAGGUGCCCAGCCGGCCACCCAAGAAGGGCCCGCCCGGCCUAGGUGCCCGGCGAAAAGCCAGCAUAGAAGCCCCAGGGAGGCACUGCGUUGGCCUUCCGCCUCGUGUUUCUUUGCUUGCCUUGGCCGCCCCGAUGAAACGCGCCGCGUACCGUGCGCAUGUGCCCGGUUGCCGGCUCACACACCCGGUCGGCAAACUAACACUCCCCCGGGCCACCGGGGAUCAUCAAGCCGCCCGCGACCCGGUGUAGCGGGCGCGCGCACGGUACAUGUAUCCGCGCUGCCCUUGCGACGGCGAAUCCAACCCGGCUCCUUUCGCUUCGGGACCCUUCUUUGCGGAGUAGAAGGGGCGGCCCACCCCUGCCGCCUGUGGGUUCCACGUGGGUGCGUGCCUGCCGGCCAGCAGCAUGACCGCGGUUGUUAACCGUGUGCCCGGUUGCCUUCAGUAUUGGUCGGGGGCGUGUUUUUGGCUUGCGCCGGCCCGAACAGCAGGCCGGCCCGCUAGCACAGCAAAGCUCUGGCGCCGCCCUGCCCGCCGUCUGCGCAGAGGUACGGAAUGAGCUGUGGACGCCAUGUCCCGCUAUGCGAGUGUGCAGCGGCGCCCAUGAAUCGCAGCCAAAGAUCAGGGUGGGCGCCCGAAUCAGUGCAAAAAAAUGCGCUGAAAAAUAGAAAAAGCUCGCUGACAAACAUCUCUAUCCAGGUGGCGUCACGGUUGCUCUGAGCGGAGCUUCAGUAGGAGCUGGCGCCCUUGGAAUGUAUCAAGGCCUGCGGGGGCUCGGCCCAGGUAUCAGCAUUCGCCCGCAUGUCUGCAGCGCCACGGGACCGAAGCCGGUUUUCGAGUCCCUAAUGUACGGAACGUUUUUGGUGCAAAAUACCGAAACCGAAAUGAUUGCGAUUACCGAUGGAAUGGCUGUCGUCACAACGCCCGGGGGCGAAGUCCGUGGCACGACCGACCGGGAUCCGUUUGAUGGUCUGUCUCGGGCAAUCCUCGGGGACGCCGAGUUCCUCCUUGUGCGAGGAGAAGGGCCGGCCGAAAAAUCUACGAAAUUGAUGAGCUCGACUUCAUGGGGUUUCUCGAACAAAGGAAAAGAAGAGGGAGGCGCUGAACUCUUCAAAGCGCACUCGCGCUCCGUCACGGGGCCCGACGACGCUUGUGACGCUGAUAAGUUCGCUCAGACUUACGAUAGGUUCCGCAAAGCGUACACGCAGCAGCCGGGCGGCAGCAGUGACGACAACGAGAUGGUGCUGAAAAUUGCGAAAAAAGCGUGCCGGGUCGCCGGGUGCAAGGUUUGCGGCACCACUACCGAAGGGAAAAAGGAAAGCUGGCAAUGCGUAAGCCCAGGCCCUGAAGAUUAUUGCGCGCCGGUGCUCACAGCAAGUCAAAAGGGUGCGUUCCCGAAUGAGGCGGCCACGCAGCAGCCCCAUAGCGGGACUGGAAAACAAGCCGAAAUCACCCACCAGGCGACGUGCAAGAUGUAUGCGCAAGGUUUUGCGAAGACACAAGAAGAAAGAGAGUACACGUAUCUAGGCGGCGAUGGCAGCGUGUUCGAGGCAAUGGAGUUCAUGUGCCCAGAGAAGCCCGCCCAGACUCCCAAAUCGUCGUCGGAGGCGCUGGGCUCUUCCUCCCUGUUCGCUUUGUCCGUUGUAUGCAUUCCGACAGGCGGCAAAAAGCAAGACGUCGAGGACCGGGUGUGGCGACUCAUCCAAGAUGCGAAUGUAGUUUCACCAGAUGGGGGCGUCCAGGGUAGUGCAGGCACAGCGAACAACGGCCAAGGACCUGGACCCGAACAAAAACAAGGGGCGUUGGUUGCAGGUUGCCUACCUGCCGGGAAACGCGCUGCCCUCGCGUAUCCCGAUUCCAGUCACGUGGCGCAGCGCGCGUAUGUGACCUGCAUUCUUGCUCUCGAGGCCUCGAUGUCGUCCAGCGCCGGCCAACCGCGGGAACAGCAGUCCCAAGCUGGAUCUGCGUCCUAUGGAUACGGGUUUUUCUUGUCCACCCUCAUCGACAAUGGCGGCCUGCAGCUGGCAUUCGUGAACCUGUUCCGGGAGUUUGUUAGCAAAGGCGGGGGCGGUGGCACCAACGGAAAAGCGCCUUUCACUUUCAUCAUGAACGCGGACGCCAAGCUUAGCAUGCUGCGGAAUCCCGAAGCAUGCCGCGGAGAAGUAGAUGAAGAUGAGAUGGGCACGACAGAGAGCACACUGGAGCUGGAAACAAAGACGCAAGCAGCAGCAGAAGAAGAGAAAGAACAAGAACAAGAAGCGAAAAAGUUCCAGCCACCAUACGAAUUUGUCGAGUGCCUGAUGACGCCGUCCUUCCGAGCACACGUCGCCAAUUCGUUGCGGCAAUUUACCGACUCGCUGCGGCAGGUACCCGAAUACAAAAAGAUCGCGCACGAUUCAGUGUUCUACGUUGAUUUGGUCCGGCACAAGCUACGGGUUAGGGUGCCUUCCCCCCACAGCGACGGCGAAAAUUUUAUCAACCUGAGCUGGAAAAUUGACGCGGACGAGCCGGACAUGGUACAAAAGAUUCCACACGAUACCGAUCACGAAGAUGCUGUUCCUCAAGGCGAGCUCAUCAAUCGCUUAUUUCCCAAGGAAGGAGACGCAAAGACGAUGUAUUACAUCGGUGGCGGAAAUGUCUUUGACGUAAUGGCCGAAGUGCGAGACGCUCCUUCGUAUUUUUCCAAAAUUCUACGGCUUUGGCGGGAGAAGAAACUCUUGCUUGCCGGGCAAUCAGCUGGCAGCAUGGUGCAGAAUCAGGACAACUCGUUUCUCUUCUUCGGCCUUUCGGGCGACCCAGCACCACAUCACAUCUAUGGCCCCACGUACGCUUUCUCCAAGGACGGAAAUUUCGCAGGAGAUUGCCUCGUGCCAGGCAGCACAGAUUCCCAGGGGUCUGACGUGGAAUACCCGCAGCUGAUAACGACAACAGAUUACGGGGAGUGUGGGCCAUCACGGGACUCCGACAUCAACAAAGCAGAGUGGAUCAAAGACCGACCACUAGUUCCUUCGCGCAGUCAUGGCCAAGACUAUGAAGCCUGGUGGCUUCCUAGCCAAACCACCGCUGCCCGCAUAGAACACUUCAAGGUCUCGGACCUGCAGAAACGGGCUGGCAGCGUGUCGCCGUCUGGUGCCCAAAAACCGGCACUACCAAGCGGAGCGGGCGACAAAUGUGGUGCUGACGGUUGGUUCGCCCAGGAGGGCAAGACAAAGUCGACGAAAGUUGCCCUCCCGUGUGCCUCCUUUUCGUACUCCUGUCCAGAUCUGCAGGCACGCGGCGUAGGCGGAGUGAGCCAUAGUUUUUUCCCUGCCUGUACGUUGGAUACAGGGUUACUCGACCCGCGCGCACAGGGAUAUUUAGGGCAGCCCAAAACCGCCUCUUGGGUGUAUAUUGUUGCGAACGAAGAGGAGGCAAAGGCUGGCCUUGGCCAAGGGCCGCAAAAGACACUUCACAAAGCCCUAGGAGAUGCUAUCCGUGACAAGAUGCAGAUUGUCGACAAAGAGAUAACUGUGUACCAAGUCACUGUCGACAGAGAGAGUAAGGAUGCGACAACAGGAAAGGGGUCCGGCUCGAUUUCAAGUCCACCCGGAACAGUUACUCAACGUCACACACGCCUGAAGCUCCAGCGAGUGUAUCCUGCUUCAGAAGGGCCAAAAACUGCCGGCCCUAAAGAAAUUGCCGAGGUCGUUGUCGCGGACGAGGAGGCGAAAUUACUUAAGGAGAAGGCGUCUGGUGAAGGUAGCGGCGCUCCGGGCGGGGGCGGUUCGGGUUCGCUCGUCUUGGUUGCGUUCUUCUGUCCACACGAUCCCAAAAGCAACGAGUUCGCUGAGUGUAAAGUGGCGAAGCGUGUUGUCCGAGCAGACGGAGACCUCAGGCCCCGAGGCUCCAAGCUGCUGCGGGACCCGAAAGCAGAAAAUGAUGAUACCGGUUACCAGGACAACAAGCGCCCGGAUUUGGUACCUUUUUCGCGCCAGACGAUCAAAGAGGCUGUGGACAGCCUGGCCGCACAAAAUUUGGGAUACGCAAUACAGGUCAAAGGUACGCGCAAGUAUUUUCAAUUUCAAUUUCUGGUCUGAUCAUCAAAUAUAGGCACAGGCAGUUGGCAGAUCGGAGAGCUCCGAGAGACGGCAUCGUUCGUCGCGUCCACGUCACAGAUGUGGCCGUGUUGGGCUAUGACUAUGUAAAUUUCUGAUAUUAACUGAGCACUGCGGCGGGGGCCGCCUGCCGCUUAAUGCUAUCUAUCAUGCGAGACAGUUUAUUGACUGUGAUUCUCGUUUUCCCUACACCACUAGGCGGCGUCGUUGCACCACCACCUCCAAGUGAAGAAAAUGCGAACCUGGAGAGGCUCAUCGAAAACAAAGAAGCACUCAUCAAGCAAGGAGAAGGACAAAACGGCGAAACUGUUGCCAAGCAUCUUGGUAUGUACCAAGGAUUAAGAGGCAUCGCGCCAUUCAGCAUCCGGCCGCACGUUUGUAGCGCAACCGGUGUCAAGCCGAUCUUCUUGUCCGAAAUGUACGACGCGUUCAUUUUGUACAACACACGACUGGGCUAUCCUACAAAAGAAACGAAGUAAGCCGGCGGCAUCACCAGCAUUGUUUCGUGAUAGGUAUGUCUAUGUACGAGUACGCGCACACCCAUGCAUGAGAACUACACAGAGUAAGCAUGAUAAGCUUGAAAUGUGAACGUGAAAGCAUCUCUUCUCCGAAAUAAAAUCAAAGCCUUAAUAUGAUGGCGGCGGUAACUUCGCGUGGGAUAUUUGAAUUCUGGCCAUCACGGACGGCACGGCGGUCAUCACGUUUUUAUCAUGAAGAAGACACGCCUUACCUCACCGAAUCCAGCACACGGAAAUUUUUGAUCGAUGGCACUACCUGAGAAAAUUAUAAGUAUGCGACCUGGUGCACGUGCUACUUCUCAGCGCGCGUGCGUUUGGUGGAAGCCGAAAAGUGCUCUGCAAUGCCUCUCGCAUUCUCUUACCGAUUUUUAUCCGCGUGCGCUUGCGUCGGUCUAAAGUUAGUAGCCGCACCCGUGCGGGUAGACACGCGGUCAGUCAAUUUGCGUUUUUGAUGUUGAUGUUGAAAAUUGUUCACAUUCCGACCACAGGUGAUGCAGCUGUGUAUUACCAUCCUUCGCGAGGAGCGUGUCUAGCUUGAUAAGUGCCCCACGACGACCAGCCAAGCGGACACUAUUUCUAUUCGAAUUUUCCGGGACGCUGGCGGGUAAUUCUCGGCGAUGGUUAUGAAAAAGCAAAGCGCAUUGGUAGAUGUUCGUCUGCAUUGUGUUUCAAAGUCAUUAUUAUCGACCCACGUACUCACAUUUUGGCUUUUCAACAGUGUGCAGUGAGUGAAACAGCAUUUGCAGCCACAAUUUUUUUUAGCUGA